GUUGAAACAAUCACCAACCGAAAGGAACUCCAUACUAGGUACUGGGAGUCGUCAUAUUAACAUUUAUCAUUCUUGACUUGUUUCAUUUUUGGUUUUCAACCAAUAAGAGUGUGUUUGGUUUUACGUUUCAUGAACGUCAAUCCAUCGAUCUCCUAUCUUGCUUUUACGUUUCUGUCGUGAAAAAACUUGAGAUAAACGGCGUUAAAACUAUAAAACAAACACAGCAUAAGACCGAAAUGGCAUUAAUCACCUCUGUGCCUCCUUUGCAACAACUACACGCUUCAUUCAAGGCAAAGCCCUGCAACAACUUGAAGCGCUCCUCCAUGCGUUAUUUUACAGCCAAAGCCUCAGUCUCCGAAACGGCGUCGUCGCCAGAGCGCGAGACCACCCAGCUUCCCAUGCGCGAAAUCCCCGGAGAUUACGGUCUCCCAUUCAUAGGACCAAUCAAAGACCGCCUCGACUAUUUCUACAACCAAGGACGCGACAACUACUUCAAAUCCCGCCAACAAAACUACAACUCCACCGUUUUCCGCGCCAACAUGCCACCUGGCCCCUUCAUCGCCUCCAACCCAAACGUCAUCGUUUUGCUCGACGCCAAAAGCUUCCCCGUCCUCUUCGACGUCACCAAAGUCGAGAAGCGCGACGUCUUCACCGGCACCUUCAUGCCCUCCACCGAACUCACCGGCGGUUACCGAAUCCUCUCCUACCUCGACCCCUCCGAGCCUAAACACGAAAAACUCAAGCGCCUCCUGUUCUUCCUCCUCAAGUCCCGAAGCAGCCACGUCAUCCCCGAGUUCCAUUCCAGCUACGCCACCCUCUUCGACACCUUGGAGAACGACCUCGCUUCCAAAGGAAAAGCUAGUUUCGCUGACGCCAACGACCAAGCAGCGUUUAACUUCCUCGCUCGCGCGCUUUAUGCCACAAACCCCUCCGACACACAGCUCGGAAGCGACGGCCCAAGCAUAAUCCAGAAAUGGGUUCUGUUCCAGCUUGGCCCAAUUAUGGUAUUGGGCCUGCCCAAAUUCCUCGAAGAUCCCACUCUCCACACUUUCCGUAUCCCCGCUUUUCUCAUCAAGAAAGAUUACCAGAGGCUCUACGAUUUCUUCUACGUGUCCGCCGGGUCCGUACUUAACGAAGCGGUGCGUUUCGGCAUCCCCAGAGAAGAAGCGUGCCACAACCUUUUAUUCGCCACGUGCUUCAACUCGUUUGGCGGCAUGAGGAUAUUUUUCCCCACCAUACUGAAGUGGGUUGCACGUGCGGGUGUCGAGCUUCACGCGCGGCUAGCGGAGGAGGUCAGGGCCGCCGUUAAGUCUAGCGGCGGGAAGGUGACGAUGGCGGCGAUGGAAAUGAUGCCGUUGAUGAAGUCGGUGGUUUACGAGGCGUUUCGGAUCGAACCGCCGGUGGCGCUGCAGUACGGGAAGGCGAAGAGGGACUUGGUGAUCGAGAACCAUGAGAAUUCAUUUUCGGUGAAGAAAGGGGAAAUGCUGUUUGGGUUUCAACCCUUUGCGACGAAAGAUCCGAAGAUAUUUGAGAAUGCGGAGGAGUUUGUGGGGGACCGGUUCGUGGGGGAGGGAGAGAAGCUGUUGAAGUACGUGCUUUGGUCGAAUGGUCCCGAGACGGAGGAAGCCACCCUUGGGAACAAGCAAUGUGCGGGUAAGGAUUUCGUGGUUUUGUUUUCAAGGCUUCUGGUGGUGGAGUUGUUUCUUCGUUAUGAUUCGUUUGAUGUUCAAGUUGAGACCUCGCCCUUGGGUUCUGCCGUCAUUUUCACGUCUCUCAAGAAAGCAAGCUUUUAGAUGCGAAAAAUGCACACCACUCCAAUAUAUUUGACUUUUAUUUAUAUUUAUUCAAAAUUAGUUCAAUAAAUUCCCAUUCAUUCAAAAUCAAUUAUAUCCACAUGUAUUCAACCAUAUGAAACUCGUAGCCGGAAAGGAUAGAUGGGACCCAGUUAGGCAGUUAAUGGCUUGGUUAGGAGAGACUCUCAGUAAGGAUCUUACGUGAGUGAUGCUCGGACUUCCAAUAAAGCGUGUUGAUAAGGUAGAGAGUUUCUUACGUAACUUUGUUGCUGCAUUAAUCAGUUAAAAAUAUAAAACUCUCUUCUUCUUUUUCUUUUUUAGGAAUAAGAGUUGAGUUUUACAAAUGUAAAUGAGGAAAAAAUUUGAUGUCAA